AUGGUCGUCAACUAUAUUCAGAAAGCUUAUUUGGCAUUUCUUCUCCCAAAGCUCUACAAUACAUCCAUCCUAUUCACCAGUUUGUAUCUGGUACAACGACAGAAAAGGAGCUAUUUACGAUGGCAGCAGCAUCAUCUGAUCACGAUUGGUAUCUUGAUUGGUUUUGGACUACAGUUUACAACCGCUCUCUUACUUGGAUCGAAUUUGUUUGCAAAAUGGCUGAUGCGAAAUAAAUCUAUCCUACAACUGAUCAAUUCCAGCAUACUAUUUAUUGGUCUAACAUGGCUUGGCUUAAGUAUAGUAAGGCGCAAUAGCAAUAAUAACGAAAAAUUAGCACAGCAGCAAAUACAACAAGUUGAUUUUGAAGAAGAAGAAAAACCUUUUGUAUACCCCAACAGUGGCAGCACUAGUAGUAGUAAUAUAAAGCAUAUGCAGACAAUAUACCGGGUGACUCGUGAACCUUCAGCAUUGACCUGGAAAUCGGUACAGUUCUUGAAAUUGUUGGUACCAUCCUUUUUCAUUUUCUACCAAGCUAUCGAAGAUUCAAUGCUAUAUCAUAAAACGUCAGCUCUUUAUGUCUUGCUGAUGUUUACUAUUUUAAAACGUUAUGCCACAAGGUAUUCCCAACAAAUCAUUUCCCUGAUGAUUAUUCAUUUCACCAGCGCUAUUCAAUUAUCCAAGAUCUUUGAUUAUUCUCGAAAGCUUUUUGUUGCAAAGCCUGAGUUGGCUCAAAGCUUAGUUCAUACAAUUAGACAAUCUCAGCAACAGUCCUGGAGUUUAUUAAGCCAAAUUUGGAGUAUUCUCUUUACUAAUGAUGAGCCCUCUCUAUCAAAUGCUACUUUAUCCGGAAAAGAUGCGGCUAUAUGGACAGGAACAGGCUACAGUGUUUAUUGGUUUUUUAUUUCCUCGUGGUUGGUUUAUCACAAGUUAAAAUCAAAUAAAUAA